AGCUGGCUCAAGGCUUGGACACGGAUAAAAUCAACCCUUACAUAGAGAAAUGCUUUGGAUUGAAGAAACCGCUGAUUACCGUGCUUCGUUUGUUGUGUGCUCAGUGUUUACAAAUAACGGUUUUAAACCGAAGAUGUUGGAGUUCUACUAUCGGGAAAUCCUACAGACAUAUGGCUUUGAGCAUACGUACAGGACGCUUUCUACAUUGGAAACUGCUGGCUUGCUAAGAGCGCAGACGCAGCCGUCUCGAUCUUACAAUCAAUUGCGCAAGUCAAUGAAGCUUGUCGUGGAAGAUGUCCAAGAGCAGAACCCAAACGACAUCGCAUACGUCUUUUCAGGAUACGCGCCGCUCACUGUCCGGCUGGCGCAGUUUCUGGCGCGGCCGCAGGGCUGGAGAGGACUUGAAGAGGUAAACAGACGCGUGAUUGUACAAAUUUCUUUGUUUUUAGAAUGCAAUAUGUGGACCAUUGCCAGAGACUAAUCCCUUACGCGGGAUGCCAGAUGAGAGCAAAGAAAAGCCCGUGGAAAAC